CCCACUCCUGCAAUCACCAAAAAUAUCGAAACAAAAAAAGAAAAUGCAGACAAGUAGAUCUUCCGCGCCUACGAUCCUCAUCGUGCUCUUCACGGUCUUCACAGUGUCUUCCGCGUUGGACCUGUCCAUAAUCUCAUACGACAGAACCACCUACGCCGACAAGACAGCCCGGAGAAGCGACAAGGAGGUGAGAACCAUAUACGAGGAGUGGCUUGUGAAGAAUGGCAAGCUGCAUACCACCCUCGACCAGAAAGAGAAGAGGUUUCAGAUUUUCAAAGACAACCUCAAGUUUAUCGACGACCACAAUGCUGAAAACCGGACAUACAGGGUUGGACUGAACCGGUUCGCCGAUCUUAGCAACGAUGAAUACCGGUCCAAGUACCUGACAACCAAGAUUAACCCCCUGAGGAUGAUGGCAAAGCCAAGUAACCGUUACGCUGGGCGCGUGGAUGACAACUUGCCGGAAUCUGUUGAUUGGAGGAAAGAAGGUGCUGUGGUGAGAGUCAAAGACCAAGCAGAGUGCGAUGGUUGCUGGGCAUUCUCAGCAAUUGCCGCAGUGGAAGGGAUUAACAAGAUAGUAACAGGCAAUCUAACUGCAUUAUCAGAGCAAGAACUGUUGGACUGUGACAGAACAGUAAACGCAGGUUGUAGUGGCGGACUUGUGGACUAUGCCUUCGAGUACAUUAUAAACAAUGGUGGCAUUGACACCGAAGAUGAUUACCCCUUUCAAGGCGCUGAUGGUAUAUGCGAUCAAUAUAAGCAAAAUGCUAGAGCUGUUACAAUUGAUGGUUAUGAACGUGUUCCUGCCUAUGAUGAGUUAGCCUUGAAAAAGGCAGUAGCAAAUCAACCGGUGAGCGUUGCCAUUGAAGCAUAUGGCAGAGAGUUUCAGUUAUAUGAAUCUGGUAUAUUCACAGGAACAUGUGGUACUUUUAUCGAUCAUGGUGUAGCAGCUGUUGGUUACGGCACAGAAAAUGGAACUGACUAUUGGAUCGUGAAGAAUUCAUGGGGUGAGAAAUGGGGAGAAGCAGGUUAUGUAAGAAUGGAACGCAAUAUAGCAGAAGACACUGCAGGGAAGUGCGGAAUUGCGAUUCUGUCACUCUAUCCCAUAAAGAGUGGCCAAAAUCUCUCAAACCCUGUCAACCCACUGGGAAUUUACAUGUAGGAACAAGAUGAACUUAAGCAAACGAUGACCAACUUAGUUCUCAUUUUCGAUUUUUUUAUCUUUCUGUGAAAAAAACAAACACCACAAAAUGUUUUGGCAUAGGAAUACCGCACGGCGAAUUAAUGGUAUGCCAUUUCACUCUACUGUUGGAUGAUGCAUCAUUAUAUGUGAUAGAAAUCUGAAUCAGCAAACAUGCGUUGCUUAUUAUUAGUUU